AUGGCAGAGAUAUCGGGAAACGGCGGGCAAGGAAGGUUCCAACAACAACAAGAUCAGCCCGACAUCACGGCCAACAACCAGGGCAGCACGGACAACUCGCUCCCCCUGUUUAGUAGCCCGAUAAAGUACUGGUGCUCCCCGAACCGGCAUCGCCGCCAAGUUCAGCUACUGCACAUUCUCAUUGCUUAUAAUGUGGUCACAUUCCCGUUGAGUGGCUUAACUGCUCUCGCGUCCACGUAUAAGUCGUACUUUCACGUGUGA